AUGAAUCUAAACUACACACCCCCAGUCCCUCAGAUACCAACCCAAAGGUCCACGUCGUUUUUCAUCGAAGAUAUUUUGUUACACAAACCCAAACCUCUGAGAGAGGUUUUUCACGCGCCUUUUUCGAACACUCUCACUUCUCGGAUGCCCCUUUUAGAAUAUGGAUACCCCCUGAUGCCAACUCCAAUACUGGCGCCCCAUCCGCAUCAUCCGCUGCAUAAACCUGAACAUCACCCCUACUUUUUUACGUCAGGAAUGCAGAUGCCAGCAUUAUUUCAACACCAUCCAGAAUUACCUGGAAAGCACUGCAGACGCAGGAAAGCCAGGACUGUUUUCUCAGACUCCCAGUUAUCCGGACUGGAAAAGAGGUUUGAGAUACAGAGGUAUCUUUCCACACCCGAGCGCGUGGAGCUGGCAACAGCGCUGAGUCUCUCGGAAACUCAAGUGAAGACAUGGUUUCAAAACCGGAGGAUGAAGCAUAAAAAACAACUAAGGAAAACACAAGACGACCAGAAAAAUCCAAACGAUAUGGACAGAUCAAUGGAGAACUCAAGUGAGAGCGAGAUGAUUGAAAAAAGUACGGAAGAUGUUAAAAGUGGAAUCAGUCCGGACAGAUACACACUGGAUGAAAAUGAAGACGACGUCGAUAUUGAGGAUGACAUCUGCUCUCCCGAACAUUUACUAUAA